AUAUUCUUCGUGGACUAUUCAUCAAGUUUUGGUUUUCUUUAGACUAUGUCAAAUUCUACACUGACAUUAUUAGCAAUAAAUGUUUCACCCAGAAAAACCGAAACUAAUUGAUAAUGCAAUAAAUGUUGUGCUGAACUUGUCUUCGUUGGAGCUUAAACCAUUCACGCAGGCACAUAACUAUGAGUGUUGAAUCAAAAGGUUUAGCAAAUUAAGAAAAAAGAGAUGGCAAAAAAUUUAGGAAUUUUCUUGGUUCUAGUGGUUCUUUUGGUGCCAUGCUCCAUCAACUAUGCUCUUGCUUCUGCACAACCACAAGAGUCACUCCCACAAAUCGAAUGGAGAAGAAUGAUGAUCACGGUACGAUCAUCAACAAGCCAACGAGCUAGGAAAAGAGACAUACCUCCCUCGCCUUCUCCAUCAUCACCACCUUCGUUGUUGCCGCCCGCACCGGGGCUUUGAGGGACCACAUUUCUUGAAAACGAAUGGAUUAUGUUGUUAUUUUUGGAAUCGUUAUAUUGAUAAGCAAUGCAUACAAUCUACUUAAAUAUUGAUUUUCUUCAUA